UAUUUUGUUAUUAUCAUAUACUAAAUCUAUUUAUAUAAUAUGUCAAUCAAAUAACACGCUAAAAGAUUAUUUGGAAACUAAAUUAUCUUGUAAAGUUUAGUUAGUACACUGAAGAAAGUCCACGCGAAAUGGAGCAGCAAUUGCGCGCCUGGCUACGCUGUUCGCUCGUCUUCGGGCUCUAUAUGAGUCCAGCAUCGAGUACGCAGUACACAAACAACAAAUCAGCCGCGCUCAGCAAGCGUCUGGCAUGGCUUGAGCGCAAACAAAUCUUACAGCAACAACGUUUGAAAGAAAUUUACCUACACCUGCUAUUUGUUGGACUCUGCGUAGCCUAUGUGAAAGCACUCGCUACCCGUAAGCCCAUACCGGGUGUGGCCAGUCUGGCAGCGUGCACUUUGAUCUUUAGCCUACAAGCGCUGUCGAGUAUAGUCAUUGUAGCAGAGGGCCUAUGGCGUCAACAGCAGCAUGAAGCAUUCUUGAGACUGCUGCACGAAAUCGAGUUCUCACUAAAGCUACGGCUGCGAGGGGACAUUACAUUGGAUUGUUGGGCGUCGCGUGUACGUUGGCACUUGAAAUAUCUGCUUUGGCUAUCGCUCAUCUGCUUCGUAGUUGCGGUGUAUCAUUUUAUGCAAUUACAACAUUUGGGGUACUAUUGGCACGCCAUUUGGUAUAACAUUAUCAUUCGUUUACGUAUCAUACAGUUAUGUAUUUAUGUGUGUGUGUUGCGAAAUUAUUUGGAGUGCCUUUGCAUGAAAUUGCAACAGCUUGUUGCAUACCGUACAGCGCCAAGCCAACAACUGUUGGAUAUUAACUACGAAAAAAUGCAAACGUUGGCAUAUCUGUUGGCCAUUAAGGAUAUCUACGACUUACUCUACAAGGCAUUUGAGUUGCUCAAUGAAUUUGCCGGCUGGUCACUCUUAGUCAUAAUAACCUGUUAUAUCUUGGACUAUGGUUGUGCGCUCUAUUUUUCGCUGCUAAGCUAUGAAGGGUUUCUGGAAAGUUCCGCCUACUAUGUGCCAGCUUUUUGGUGGCUGGUGCCAAUGACCGCUACCAUCUGGCAUAUUUGUUAUCUAUGCCAUGAUUGCACGCAACUGGAUCGCUUGUUAGCCGCUAGGUUGCGUCGUCUAAUAAUUAUGAGUUCUUCGCGGUUCGUGCGCUCUUAUCGCACUUUAUUGCAGCGAUUCUCCACCCAGCUAGAGCUGCAGUACAUUGUAGUGACCGGUAGGAAUUUCUUUAUAUUAGACUUGCGUUUAAUAAUGGCGAUAUUAGCAACUGUGGCCUCAUAUCUGGUGGUGUUAAUACAAUUUUUAUAUAUUUAGAGAAAAUCUGCACAUAAUCAAAGGAAUGAAGGAAUUACCAUAAGUGAAGCCUGUACCAAACUUUUUAUAUUUGUACCACAUAUAUAUCCCGCUAAUUAAUUAAUAAUAAUAGUAAUAAUCAUGGCGCCAGUAUUCCAUCCACAAAACUCUCUUACUACU